AAAUGAAAAAAUGAGUCGUAUUGUGCGAAGCCCUCGUACGUGUACGCAGUUCAGUUCGUCUUCCUGGGUAGCAAGCUUCAAAGCUUCAUGAGGCUUGGAAUGUCUAUUAAAAUCAGGUAUUUCUUAGGUUUAGCCAUUUUGGCUUGGAGUCACUACUCGCAGGGAUCCGAGUUCGUCCUGGCUGCAACGGAUAGUACUACAAGUACUGUUCCCUCUUCAUAUGCGGUCCCAGGAGCGUUCCCAACUUCUCUCUACUCUCAUUACUACAAUAAUCCAACGGCCACCUCUGCGCAGCCACAGCCAGUCAUUUCAGAUCCUGUCACGCAUGAAAUCUUUCCUUUUUCCUUGACAGACCCGGAUAACAUUCCUCAGUAUGACACCGUGGACCCUCAUCCGCUUCCACCCAAGGCCUCCUCCCAACAGCUUCUUCAACAAGCGGUAGCGCAGAUCAAGUCUAUUGCAGUGAACCCGAUGUUUAGUACAUGUGCACGGUGCCAGGCCUCCCUAGAAGUGGCAAAAUUUCUUGCUCUUGCGGCUCCUGAACAAGGGACGAAUCUAGCUCUGGCGCUUUGCCAGUACUUCAAUUAUUCAUCCUCUUGCGAGAAAAGUUAUGGACCCCUCGUCAUGGGACCGAUCCUUACUCAAGUUGUAUCUUUUGCUGAUGUUGGAGGAUAUGACGGACAGUCGAUUUGCUCUGAGUUCCUUGGUUUAUGUCCAGCACCUACGACAACGGCUCUCAACCUCACUGGCUGGUUUGCAAAGCCAAAGCCCAACCCUCUUCCUCCUCCAAAGCAGCCCAGUGGUCAACUGCUCAAAGUGUUGCAUCUUUCGGACCUGCAUAUUGAUCCCCGUUAUGCGAACGGCGCAGAGGCAAACUGCACCAGCGGUUUGUGUUGCCGCGACAAUGCUUACAAUUCUCUCAGCCCUCAGACACCUCUCGUUCCUGCGCCACGAUAUGGUUCGUUCCUCUGCGAUGCUCCAUAUUCAUUGAUCACGUCCGUGCUGGAGGCCAUCCCACCAUUGACCGGAACCGAAUCAACUGGCUUCGACUUUACUUUGUUCACUGGCGACAUGUUGGCGCAUGACCCAGAUAAUCAGCAGUCUAGGGCUUUGAACGAGUACUCUGAGGUCGUCCUUUAUGAUCUAUUCAAGCGCAUGCUCGGACCUGGUCCUACCUAUGCUACACUCGGAAAUCACGAUACUUGUCUUCCAGAUCUAGCUUCGCCUUUAUCCCUGGGAGGCGCUUUGGGGCAACAGUUCAGCUGGCUAUACGACCACGUUACAGCGUUAUGGGAGCAAAAGGGAUGGCUUCCGUCGGCUUCCGUCGAGUUUUCGCGUGCUCACUAUGCAGCAUACAUGGUCAAGCGUGCAGAUGGCCUGAGGGUGAUCAGCUUGGACACCAACUUGUGGUACAGGUCAAACUACUUUAAUUACAUCAACUCGUCCGAACCGGACGUUUCUGGUAUACUGAGGUUCCUCACCGAUGAACUUCAGGACGCGGAAGACGCGGGAGACCGAGUCUGGAUCAUUGGCCACGUCGUCAGCGGUUGGGAUGGUUCUAAUUCGUUGCCGAACCCAACCAAUCUCUUUUACCAGAUCGUUGAUCGCUUUUCCCCUCACGUUAUUGCUAACAUCUUCUGGGGUCACACACACGAGGACCAGCUAUCUAUCUUCUAUGCCAAUAAUGGCACGAAUAUGAGUGCUGAGACCGCUCAGGCGGUAUCCUGGACCGGGCCAUCUGUAACACCCCUCACCAACCUAAACUCUGGGUUCCGUGUUUAUGAAGUUGACUCUGCUACUUUUGAAGUGGUCGAGGCUUAUACCUGGAAGAGUUACGUCAAUGACUAUCCUGCGCUGGACUCGCAGACUGAAUUCGGCCCUACUUUCGAGUACGAGUAUAGCAGUCGUGAGGCAUACGGAGGAAACAUUACUUGGGGAGCAACCGACCCACUGAACGCGACUUGGUGGCAUCUUGUGACUGAGCAGAUGGAAGUGGACCCGACUUUGAUGCAGACCUUCAAUUCAUACCAGGGAAAGGGCUCAAUACUCACUCCGUCAUGCACGGGCGAAUGUAUUCCUGCUAGGAUCUGCUACAUCCGUAGUGGCUCUGCUAGCAUCGCCAAGCAGAACUGCGUGUCAGGUUAUGGAUCAGUGCAGUAGUAGUUUAUAUUAAAGUUGUGAUGGACCAUUUGCAAAUAGGCGCGUUUACUACAAAAGUAGUCGUCAAUCCCAACAAUGGAACGUUCAGAACUUUCAU